AAAAAAACCAUUUCUUACCUAGUUCGGAUAACGCCCAAUUUCAAAAUCCUAAAAACCCCAUAGCAUUUUUCUUACACAAAAUGGAUGAUAAACCCUUCCAUUAAUCCAAACCAAAAAAAAAAAUGUCAUCAUCAAUUCUUCAUCACCACCAUCUUCUCCUUCUUCCUCUCUUUCACCCUCCAAAAAACUCACUUUCCAAAUUCACAACUUUUCAACACCAAAAAAGCCAACACAAAAUCAAAGCCUCCACAACACAACUACAAUCCCAAACACCAAAACGACGCAACAGAAAAACCAACCCAACCCAAAACGACACAUCACAACCCCAAAACGCAGAAACAAUCGAAGAAGAAUUAGAGGACUACGACGACGCAAUCGAUUUCCCAUACGAAGAACCACCGCUGGUAUGCUGUUUCGGAGCAGCGCAGAGGGAGUUUCUCCCUACGGUGCGUGUGCACGAGUUUCCGAUGGAUCCUGACAUUUAUUCGGAGUGGAAAAUGCUUCAAUGGAAGCCUCCGGAGUUUGCUCGAGCACCUGGCGGGCCGUCGUCGAAUGUCGCGGUGGCUCAUGUUAGGCUGGGCGGGCGGGCGGCUUUGUUGGGGAAAGUUGGGGAAGAUGAGUUUGGGGAAGAGAUUGUGAUGGGUUUGAACAAGGAAAAGGUGCAGACUAGAGGUGUGAAAUUUGAUUCGGGGUUUAGAACUGGGUGUAGUUAUAUGAAGGUGAAGUUUGAUGGUGGGAAGAUGAGAAUGGAGACUGUUAAGGAAGCUGCUGAGGAUUCUCUUCGGAGUGAUGAAUUGAAUCUUUCUAUUUUGAAAGAGGCUAGGAUUUUCCAUUUCAAUGCAGAAGUUCUAACAUCUCCAUCUAUGGAAUCAACUUUAUUCAAAGCACUUAAGUGGUUCAAAAAGUUCGGCGGUCUUGUGUUUUUUGAUUUAAACUUGCCAUUACCUCUGUGGAGAUCACGCGACGAGACUCGGCAGAUAAUAAAAAAAGCAUGGCAAGCAGCAGACAUCAUUGAAGUUUCAAGAACCGAGUUAGAAUUCCUUCUAGACGAAGAACAUUACGUGAGGAAGAGAAAUCGUAAGCCACAAUACUAUGCCGAAGAUUACGAACAAACAAAGAAUCGUCAAGAGUAUUACCAUUACAGUGCCGAGGAAAUCUCGCCUUUGUGGCAUGAUAAACUUAAAUUCCUGUUUGUGACUGAUGGAACAUUUAGAAUCCACUAUUAUACCCCUUCUUUUGACGGGGUUGUGGUAGGAACAGAAGAUGUUCUCAUAACUCCGUAUACUUGCGAUAGAACCGGCUCGGGCGAUGCGAUUGUGGCUGCUAUUAUGAGAAAAAUAACCACUUGUCCAGAAAUGUUUGAAAAUCAAGAUGGUUUGGACAGACAGCUACGUUUCGCCAUUGCAGCCGGAAUUAUAUCACAAUGGACUAUUGGUGGAGUUAGAGGUUUUCCUACUGAAAGUGCUACUCAGAAUCUGAAAGAACAAGUUUAUGUACCUUCCUUGUGGUGAUUUGUGCAACCAGAAUAGAAAAUUUAGCAGUGUCAUGAGGCAUUUAGUUAGUA